AUGGCGCGAGCCAGAAUCCACGGGAACUUGGCUGGACUAGUGGACUCGGACUCGGAGGACGACUUGGGAGGUGUACGCGCUGCACGCGCGACGGCCGCAAAGCAAGCCAAAUCAACAAGCACAACAACAACAACGGUAAAGGAGAAGAUGCCGCCAGCAAAGAAGACGCGCGGCCGCCCCGCGGCGGCCAACAAGGUCACGAAGCCGACGCAGCAGAGAUCGAACCGGCGCGCCAGUGACAGGGUUGCCGCCGCGGUAGAGAGGGCCGCAGAGGAGGAGGAGGAGGAACAGCGGGAGGUCCUGGCAGAGAAGACCAACGUGCAGCCAAAGGCAGCGCCCAGGGCCGGCCGCAAGGCUACAGCGGCGUCGCUGGCCUCGCCGCCUCAAAGCGACGACACGAAGCCGGCGCCCAGAGCCCGUGGCCGUCCCAAAAGGGCUGCGCCACCGGCCGCUGGUGUGGCGCCCGCCAGGCGAGGUCGCAAACCGGCUGCGCCAGCACCGCCUCUGGAACAGGAGGAACCCGAGGCCGCGGACGAGACCGAGAUACCGGAAACGCAGCAGCCGGCGGACGCUAUGGACGUCGACCAAGAAGAAGAAACCACCCAGAUGGAAGCGCUACCCGCGGAGGAAGAUCCAGAGCCCGAGCCUGUCCAGCGGAAACAGCCUGCGGCUCGGCGACGGUCCGGCGUCGUAGACUCUGAGGGCAGUGACGCGGCCGUCCGCCGGCGGCUCGGCGACCUGACAAGGAAAUACGAUGCACUGGAGGCGAAGUACCGGGACCUCAGGGAUAUCGGCGUCAAGGAAGCCGAGCGGAACUUUGACAGGCUUAAGAAGCAAGGAGACGAUAAGACCAAGGGUAAGCUCGAAUCUCAUCCAGAUCCUACCAAGAAUCCCAUUUUACUGACUAGAGAGACAGCAUACAACGAUCUGAUCGCGAGUCUCAAGUCCGAGCUUGCCACGCAACGCGACCUAGCCAGGGAAGGAGAGCGGUUCAAGAAACAGCUGGAAGCCAGCGAAGCCAAAGUCGACAGCCUGCAGGCCAACAUCACCUCGCUGACGAGCUCGCUCUCCGACGCCAAGACGGAGAUCAAGUCGCUGUCUACGAAACUUGCCGCUGCCCGAUCUUCCGAGAUGAAAGUGCCGGGCAGCGCGCUCAAGGCCGGCGCGGCCGCGUCCCGCGAGGCGCUGCAGGCCAACAGCCAGGCGGCCCAGAUGAAGGAGAUCCUGUACGGCGACCUGACGGGCCUCAUCGUCCGGGGUGUGAAGCGCGAGAGCGAGCAGGACGUGUACGACUGCAUCCAGACUGGGCGCAACGGAACGCUUCACUUCAAGCUGACCAUCGGCAACGACAGCGCAAAGGAGGACUACGACGAGGCGCAGUUCAUGUACAAGCCGCAGCUGGACGCGAACCGGGACCGGGCCCUCAUCGAGGUCCUGCCGGACUACCUGGUGGAGGAGAUCACGUUUCCCCGGCCGCACGCCGCCAAGUUCUACGCGCGGGUGAUGAAGUCUCUGACGGAGCGGUUAGAAUAG